ACACCGCACCACCCCACCGCAUUCGCCAGCAACAGCAACAGCAACAGCAGCGCCAGCGCCAGCAGACGAGGGGAAGCGGGCGACAAGACGACGGAGCAGCAGCGAGAAUCCGACGCCAUAAUGGUCGGGAGGGGGGAAGCGGCGCCUUGAGCCGUAAAGGAACCGCCUUUUGCACCUGGUCUUGGGGGCUUCUCGGACGAAAUGGCUCAUCAAGGAGUUCCUAAAUUUGGAAGCUGGGAGGAUGAGAAUGAUCACCUUUACACACAGUAUUUUGAAAAUGCUCGUAAGGGUAAAUCUCCAGGUAGAUCUGCUACUCAAAAUGACAACAAGGGAGAUCCGGAAACGCCCUCGAAGGAUCCACCAUCAGCUAAAGCUUCUCCCCUGAGGACUGGGUCAGAUCCAGUGGUGCGAAAGCCCAAGGAUGAAAGACGCGCAGACAGAGAAGAUGAUCUUCGUCGGCAUGAGGCCACUGCUGGAAAACCAUAUGCUGAGUCACCUAAUCAUAAACACAGUGAUCAUACGAACUACAAUAACGCAGCAAGAAAAACUGGCAUGGAACGAUCACCUCUGCAUCCUCACCACCAAGCAAGAGUUGUAAACAAAGGAGGGGUUUCAUCUCCUUCAUGGGAACGCAGGGGUUCAUCAGAAGGAAACCGUGGGAAUGCGCCCACCACACCUGGAAGGUCCAGGUUGAGACCAAGCGGGCGUGGAGACGAAACGCCUGAGAGAGGAUCAGCUGUGCCCAAGUUUGGAGAGUGGGAUGAGAAGGAUCCCUCUACGGGUGAAGGUUUCACCGACAUAUUUAACAAGGUGAGGGAGGAGAAACAGUCUGGCGAUGCUCCUGUUAUCACCAGUGAUGCAGGUUAUAACCGCUCCAAUCAAGGCCGCAAAUAUGAAUCCUCGGGUUGCUCAUGCUUCAGUUGGUUCAGAAACUGAUAGCCGGCCAUUGAAGAUUGGAUGAACCCGUGCUGAUUGUAUCAUUGUCACAUGAGUGGUGCCCCCAUUGUGUUGUCCCUGUUGUAAUAUUGUGUGGUAGCGAGACGUACCAGAACAUGGCUUUGAGAACUUGAGGUUCAGUAGUUUGAGCUGUUUUGUAAGUUGUGGUUCGUUUCUCCAUAGAAUCCUGCAAACCUGUCCCGUUGCUAGUUUUUUCA